AUGUCAAUGUUUUUCCGUCUGGCCGGCUCCUUAACGAAAACCAUUGAGCAGGCCCUUGCACUGGCAGCAAUUCCCGUGCUGACAGUUGUUACUUAUACUGGCUUUGCAAUACCCAAACGUCGUGAAUAUUCGUGCGCAGAUUUUGUUCCCUGGGUCCUGGAUAUGACAGCGUUGCGCCUGACCAGCACGUAUGUGCAGCAAAGGGUCCCACUCCUUGACCCAGGGUAG